AUGAUCGAAUCUAAUCAAAUCAGUUUACCAACACCAUCACCAUCAGGAAGAUCAGUUGAAGAAAUUGAAAAUGUAAAUUUAUUUCAAAAGAUCAAACCCAAUACGAUCUCAAUCUUUAAAGAAAUCUUAGUAAUCCAAAAUCAAUCACAUUCAACUUCAUCAUCACUUCAUCAAUCCUUAGUCAACUUGAAUCAAAUCAUCAUCAAUCAUCCAUCAUCUUUCAAUCCAACUCUGACUCAUUAUACAAUCUAUCCAAUUCAACAUUUAUUAAAGAUCACUACUACUACUAGCCAACCAUUACCAUCUUCAUCAUUAUCAUUAUCAUUAAAUAUCAUUCAACAUCUCUUAUCAAACACUUCUCAUCAAUCUACUAAAUCAUUUGCUCUAAUCGAACAAGAAUCUCUCAUCUUGGAAUCUCUUUUGACCAUUCUCAGUUUAGAUUCAAUUGAAGAUUCAUCUUUGUUGAUCAUCGAAAGUAGUGAAUUCAUCUUAAGCCAGUAUGAUCAGUUACCAAUCCGAUUCAUCAAACCAAUCUUCAAAUCGAUCAUUGAUCUCUUCCCAAUCUUAUCUAAUCCAACUCAUUCUUUCAGUUCGGUUCGAUUGAUUGAAUUCAUUCGAUUCGUUUUACUUAAACUUUCGAUUUCUCAAGUUGAUCCGAUCAGAUUAAUCACCACUCUCUUACCUAAAUCAGCUUCUCAUCUCGUCAAACUCGUCAUCUCUUUCUCUUCACAAUCUGCUUCUUCUAAAUUGGUCAUCCAAUCCAUCGAUUUACUUGAAUGGCUGAUUUUGUUUUGUUUAGAUGAACACUUGAAUGAUAUUGGCUUACUGAUCAACUCACUUAAAUCAUCAAGUCAAACAGAUCAAGACCUUCUGACAAUUUCGAAACCCACUCAAAUCGAUCCUCAACCUUCACAAGUCUUGAUCACUCGGGAUCUUCAAUGGCUUCAAACUACCAUCUCAAAUCUAAUCAGCUUACUUCAACUUCUUUCAAGUUCCUUAACCUAUCAUCCAAACCCUCAAAUUCGUCAAUCAUGGACUAAACUCUGUACAACUCUUCUCCAAAAAAUUCCUAAUCUAUUAACCCCUGGAUCGUCUACUAUUCUUCAAAACCUUUCUGUCAGUUUAAUCUUGAAUCAAAAUGAAGAAUUACCAUUAGAUCAGAAUCUCUUGGAAUCUUAUCCGAUCGAAUUUGGAAAAGGAGCUAUAGAACUUAUUCGAAAAGAUUUCAAAUCGGUUUUGAAGUUUUUGGUUUAUAGAGUUAAAGAUGAAGAUGAAGUUUUGAUUUAUUAUUGUCAAUCGAUCUUCAAUGCAACCGAAACUUUAUGGAUCAUGCUACAAGAAAAUCAUUUGAUUCAUCAUCAAAGUGUUUUAGAUGAGAUUUUAGAAGAUUUUGAGUUGAUCAAACUUUUUAAACAAUCACUUCAAUCCAUUGAACUGGUGAUGUCUUCAAUGAUCUCUUUGGAUUCUAGAAACCUAAACUUGAUUCGGUUUAAACAUCUUACUACUAAUUCGAAAGUCAUGGAAGCGAUCCAAAAGAUGAUUCAAAGCUUUGGAAGAGGUUUAUGUUGGAUUGAGAAUGGUAGAUUAGAACUUUAUGUUUAUGAAUACUUUUUUGAAGUGAUCUUGAUGAAUGAACCAAAUCAAUCCAUUGAAAGUUUAAAUUCGAUUUGGAUUUUAAAUCAAUUGAUGAUGGGUACGACGAGUUGUAUGAAAGAAAAUCAUCAAGCAAGAAAGAAACAUCAAAUACGAAUGGAAAGGUUUUUGAAAAGUGUGGUGUUUCGAUUGAUAGAUGAAUUUGAACAACCUGAUGAAUCUAAACCAACAUCAAUCAAUCGUCACCAAACUCAAGAAGACAUUGUAAAAAAAGAAGUAGAAGUAGAAAGGAUAGUAAGUUAUCAAAAAGGGAUGAAUUCAUUACCUUCACUUGAGAAACUACGUCCGAUGAUCUUAUCUAAUGAAAAUGAGAUGCAAGAAACCCAAAAAGUCUUGAGGAUUUCAUUAUUACUUAAUUUGUUUAGUACCAUCUCGACUAAACUCAACACAUCCUUUCAACCGGUUCUUUCGAUUCUACUUUAUCCGAUUCUAAGGUACAUUGAUCAUCCGAUUCUUUCAAGCCAACUGAAGAUCGUCUUAGAUCAGAUCUCAUAUGAAACGAGUUAUGGGAAUCUUCAGAAUAUGAUUGCGGAUCAUCUAGAUUAUCUUGUGGAUUCGAUUUCUUCAAGACUUUCGACCAAUCGAAUCUUACCUGAUCUAAAGGCUGUAACGGUGAUGGGUAGUUUGAUUGAAUGGGUAGGAGUGAAGGAAUCUUUUGGGAUUCUUGGAGAAGGCUUGGUGCAGGAGAUUGGAGAGGCGUUGAGAGAUUUUCAUUGGGUUGAGGGGUUCUUGGAGGGUGUUUUGGAUGGGUAUUUGAGAGUAUUGGGAAUGGUUGGGAGGGUUGUUUUGGAUGAAGAUCGGGAGAAUCGAAGGUUGCAAAAAGAACAGGAAAAGGAAAAAGAGGAGGAAGAGGAUGGGGAUCAUGGGUUAGGAUUGUUUGUGCAGUUGGAGAAGCAGAGGAGAAGGUUUUUAGAAUUGAUUGUGUUUAGGAAUGAUGAGGAUGAAGUUGAAGAAGAAAAGCAUGAAAAAGAUGAGUUGGAUAGGUUUAAGGCUUGGUAUGAGUUACGAGAAAAAGUGGCGAAGUUUAAUGAAAGAGAAGAAGUUGAAGAAGAAAAGAUGAAACGAAAUCCUAGGACAGCUUUUCAUAGAGAAGUUCAAGAAGAAGAAGUUAAAGAAGUUAAAGAAGAAGAAGUUAAAGACAAACCAAUUGGAUUAUACGAAAGAGUUAGCAUCUUAAUCGUUUCCCAAACUUUACCAUUCCUAUCACAUUCGUCUAAUCAAAUCCGAAAAAAAGUUCAAGAGAUUUUAAAGAUUUGUUUGGAAACCAAAUUACUUGUCACUGAAUCUGAAGUGAUUCCAUUAUUGAAUUUGUUUAAAUCAUUGAUUGAAAGGAAUGUAGAGAUCAAACCGGUUUUGAAGGAUCAUGAUCGGUUUGGAAUGUUUUUUUGGAAAUCGGAAAAAGAGUUUUUGGGAUUGGAAAGAAGGGUUUGGGAUGGGUUUGAGGAUCUGAAGAAGAUGAAUCAAGAGGUAGAGGUCGAGGUGGGGUUCGAGUUGAAUUAUCAGCUUUGGAAAAUGAUUAGAGAUGGUCAUGAUCCUUUGGGAAUGGGAAUCGGAAGGGAAUAUUUUAUGUGUGUAAAUUAG